AUGAGUGCACCGACUACCUAUCUUGUCACCGGUGGCAACCGAGGCAUUGGACGUGGUUUUGUCCAGACGUUCUUACAAAGGCCCUCUACCACUGUCAUUGCGGCCGUUCGAGACCCGUCGAGCGAAUCGUCCAAGAGCCUGCAAGACCUCCCAAAAGGCGCCGGCUCUAAGCUGAUUACCGUCAAACUUGACUCCUCAAUUGAGACUGAUGCUGCGGAAGCGGUGGCUCGGCUUCAGACGGAACACGAAGUGUCCUCGAUCGACGUCGUUAUCGCCAAUGCCGGCAUCUCUCUAGGUGGCGCGCCUGUACGCCAAAUUUCCGCUAGGAACAUCGCCGAACAUUUUAUCGUGAACACAACGGGUCCGGUGACGCUCUUCCAAGCCACUGCCGACCUCCUUCAGGCCAGCAAGACUGGAAAGCCUGUCUUCGUCGCAAUCUCAAGUCUUAUUGGGUCCAUUGGAUCCAUGGAAGCCCUUGCGGGCUUCCCGGCCACUCAGAGCCCAUACGGUGGAAGCAAGGCGGCUUUGAACUGGUUUGUCCGCCGCCUUCACUUUGAGGAGCCUUGGUUGACGAGCUUUGUCUUCCACCCCGGCCUGGUCGAGACGGAGCUGGCGAACGCAGCGGUAGAGGGCUUGAGCCUCAAGCUCUUGGACCUCGGCGCGAUUUCUGUCGAGGCCAGUGUGUCAUCAAUGGUGAAGACCCUCGACACUGCUUCUAGAGAUACCAGCGGCACCUUUCGAAACCAUGACGGUUCUGUUAUACCAUGGUAG